GACUUGAGCCGGGAAGCUGCCACUCGCUUGCCGAAGCGCUCCGCUGCCCAUCGCUGUGACGGGAAGGGAGGGGAAAGCAAAUAUUGAAUCUGAAGAUCUUGUGAUAUUCUUCAGGAAGAUUUCUUUGGAGAGGACAGUUUGGAGAAAGAAACAUUUGAUAUCUGAACAUUGGAUACAUCAGAAGUCAUGUCGGACUGGCUUCUAAUUGGACUGUUUGUGGCAUUGGUGCUGCUUCUGUUGCUGACGAUCUUUGGCUUUGCUGUUUAUUCGGGACUGUUUACAGAAGUAAUUGUGAAUGCUGGUUUGCCCCCCAUUGGCAACAUCACUGUGGCAUACAAAUUCCAGGUGGGACCUUAUGGUGACUCCGGAAGGUUUUUCACAGAGAGCUGCAGCGUCUCUCCAAGGCUGUCUUCUAUCGCUAUCUACUAUGACAACCCUCACACGGUGGAUCCAGAGAAAUGUCGCUAUGCUGUGGGUAGUGUCCUGAGUGAAGGAGACGACAAGCCAUCUGAGAAAGUGAUCAACAUGUUUCUGAAGUAUGGCUUCAAGAUUAUCAACUUCCCAGCUCCUAGUCAUGUAGUCACGGCAACCUUCCCUUAUACGACUCCACUAUCCAUCCAUCUGGCAGUGAACCGUGUCCAUACAAGUCUUGAUGUAUACAUCAAGGAGCGGAAACUAUGUGCCCAUCCUAGACUGGAGAUCUACAAAGGGGAUAAAAUCUAUUUUAUAUGCCCCCUUGCACGUCAAGGGGAUUUCUACGUGCCUGAAAUGAAAGAGUUGGAGAAGAAAAACAGAGCAGCCGCAGCAGCGAUAGAAACUGAUGAUGAUCAAACAGAUAUUACAGGUUUGGACACCAUGAGUGAGACAAGUUCUGUCAGCCUCGAAGCCACAACUGACAUCAGUGAGACUUCCGUAGCUACCUCCAUCCUAUCUCCUUUUGCAUCUGGCCACAGUCGAGAUGAGGCAGAUAAUCGCAGUGAGCGUAGCUACAGUGAAUCGGGGGGCAGUGGUUCCUCCUUUGAAGAAUUGGACAUGGAAGGCAAUGGUGAUGGAAUGGCAGGUCUGUCAUGUGACCUUGGUUCUGCAGAAGACCGAGACACCGCCCAACUCAAGUGGACCAGGGAGCCUAUUGCCCCAGAAGAAAAAAGGGGUGAAGAAUAAAGUUAUCUGUUUACUUAUGUUUUUAGGGACUGAAAAGAGAAACUGCUGAUAGUUUUUGAUUCUUUUCCGUCCAGCCGAAACAAAAUUUGGUUACUGAUCCAUGUUGAGAGCUUGCUACAUUUUGUCUGCAAACAAAUAUUUGGAGAGUAAUAUAAAGGAGAGGAAAUUAUAUUCAGUAGAACAAUGAAUAUAAUCACAUUUUAUAGCCAGACUUAAGGAGGUGUGCUGCAAUAGGAAAUUGAAAGUGAGAUGGGAUGCAGUGGUGGUGGUGGUGAGUUCUGUUUGAACCAGCAAAUAUAAGAUUUUACAUAGACAACCCCCAGUCUUAGCAUCUUUUAAAUUCUUCCUGCAUCCUAUUUUGUUUGACCCCCGAUUGGCUGCUUUACUAUAACAUACACACUCGAUUUGGUGCUGCAUCUAAUAAAACCAAAGAACUGUAGCACUUAUUAUUGAAAGAGAAUAGUCCAGACUUUCUUACAUGUUUUUAUCAUAAAUGCAGCAUAUGAAUUCUUAUUAUAAUACAGUUGUGCCCUUGAAAAGGUAAUGGAUUAUGUGCAGGUUAGUGUAAACCCAAUUAGUCUCAUGUUUCUGCUCCAUUUCCCUCUCUUAUUGGUGCCAUUUCUCUCUCUUUUUGGUUUUCAUGAUAUAAACCAAAUUCUUGAUAGUUACAUUUAAUAUCUGUGGGAACCAAAUUUCUUCUCUAGUUUCUUAUGUGAAAGUGUCCAUUAGAAAGAAAAAUCCAUCACUGUUAGUAUUAAUGGAGCCCUUUUUCUGCAGUCUCAGGAAGCAGGCUGUUGAGAAUGAGGAAUUGCAAAGUAAGCCAAUGAUCAGUAGAUGACCCACUUGCCUUUGCCACUACUAUUCCUUCACAACUAUGAUGCGGUAGUAACUGAAUGUAGGAAAAGAUCAGCCUGCUCAGUGCUCUUCAGAAGACUCAGGUACUAUAAUAACCAUAGAUAAUUUGAGCCAGUGUGUGAACCACAGCUGAAAGUUAUUAUAUAUUAUGACUUGGUGAAAUUGAGUUCUUCCAACAUGAUUCCAAAGCACCUCUUACAUUAGGAUGAAAUGACAGGAUUUAUCAUUUUGCACUGGCAAUAGUUUUGAAUGCUUGGUCAGAACAGAAAGGUCUCCAUAAAAAUGGUAUUCUGAAGUAUUGAACCAAAUUUGUCACUCCUGAAUCUCUAAUAAAGCUCUUCUACUGAGGAAUCAAUAGCUGAGAAAUGUGGCAAUAGUUGGAAUCCUCACACUUUCAUUAUUGUAGCUUGAGGAAGCAUUGAGACAGCAGGUUGAAGAAAAUAUUAAUAUCUGUGUAUUAGGGAUAAAGUAUUGAAAUAUUUUGCUCUUCUUCAGGACUUCUUGGUUCUCUUGCUUGCAUCCUUUACUAGAGAUAGAUGUCCCACUCUCUUUCUUAAUGGGUUUGCGUCCACACAGUAGAUAGAGGAGUUCAAAAUUUAGCCACCUUCAGACCUGCCUUGCUCUGAGCAUUGACUUAGCCUGGGAGAGUAAUUAAUCGAAUGCAGUGUUAGAAUGGUCUUUUCGAAUUUUGUGUUCCAUAAGGCCGUUUACUUCCUUCUCCCCAAGCAAUCACAAUUGAUUCCUCCUUUUGUGCUCUGUUGUUGCCUCUAAAGUCUCAAUUCCCAGUUUAGCUUUUUAUUUCCUAAUGCUUAAAUCUGUAUUCAGAUGCUCCAAAUUCUGAUUUAAUGUAACAAACCAAACCAGUACUGUGCAUCAGAAGCUUUAAUUAUUAAUAACAUGGAAUUAUUUGAAUGAAAAUCUUCCAACUGUCUCAUUUUAGUUUCAUUUGUGCAGGUCUCCUAUGCAUCCCCAUCUCCUCAGACAUGCUUGAAUGUCUAGAGCUUAUAUGCCUGUUCAUAUCUGUAGCUCUGGCUAGACUUUUGUGCUCCUGAAAAAGGCUACAUUAGACAUUAGACAAAACCAUUUAUGCCAUUGCUGUGUUUUUCCUGUGUAUCCUAUAAACACUUCCAAACAACAGGGAUACAGUGAAAUAAGGAGGCGGCAUAUAGUUAUUAGUGUGCUAUGUUUAUCCCCAGAGUUUAUUUGACAUGAUAAUAUUCCUCCCUCCCUCCCUCUCUCCCUUUCUUCCAUAUAUCAGUAUCAAAGUAUUUUUACUGGAUUAUGAUGUUCCAUUUAGGUUUGUGCAAACAUUGUUUCCAGCAUCUUCUUUUACUCCUCUGGACCAUGCCAAUCUGGACAGUCUAGAGUUGGUUCAGCAACUUUAUGGUUGUAAAUCUUCAGGGCAUGCUCAAACUACUUUUUAUUCUAGAAAAUUUACUUCCAGAAACACCACUUCCUACUUCUGGGAGUUUUCCUACUUCCUGGAAAACUUCUGGACCACUCUUGAAGCUGUCAAAUCUGUGUGGUUUGGAGAAAGGAUAGGACCAUUCUUCCAGCCAUCCUGUCUUUGGAACAAUUUGCACAUUUUGUUGCGAAGUGUAUGUGUUUAUCUCACAUAUUUGUGGAUAAACAAUACGCAUCCUCAUAUGAAUUCCCAUGUAUGAAUAUGCAUAAUCAUACAUGUUUAUAAUCUGCAAGUGUUUAGGGCCGUGUGUGUUUACAGUGAUGCCAUAUAAAUUCACCAUUCUGCAAGUGCCAUUACACAUACCUUCUUUUCUUUGAGUACACAUUAAUGUGCUGUUUAUUUGUUAACUGUUUUAUAGAUAUAGACAAGAUGUUCAAGGAAGACACAUACAAUAAUUAAACCUUCUUUCUGAUUGUAGAGACUGUUUUGCACACCUGGAAACUAGCCUGUUGGACAACUUCCAUAGCAGGGGAAUUUCUAAAUUAGGAAACUGUUUCUCUGGUUUUCCAGUUUUUCACCAAUAGGAAAUACAGUAAGGCUGAUCAAAAAAUAGAAUAUAAAUCUUCAAACAUCAAAUCCCUCAUGCACCUUGUAAAAUUCCCUGUGUUAAUGAAUCAAAAUGUUUUCUUUGUUAACCUGAAUCAUUUAGAGGUUCAGGUGCAAAUAUUUCAUGGGACAAUUUUCUUAGGUCAAAAAUAAACAGGUUUGUCAUUUUUUUAAUAAUAGCACAGAUAAAUGAUUCCCCCCCCUCCCAUUCUUCUUUUCUCUAAUGCUAGGCUUUGGAAAAAGUUUUGUGUUGCCCUGGAAGUUAACAAGCAGUGUGAAGUCAUUUGGACUGACUUUGUGAAACAUGAGGAACAGGUAGGAAGUAACUGGGCAUGCCAUGUGAUAGGAUGAUGAACUGGGGAUGAAUUACUGUGAGAAAUGUCUUCAUUCUGAAGAUGGCAGAGUGGAAGCAGUUCCCCAUUCAUUCAGUAUUGGUUGGAUAUUCCGAUUUAACGAGACAGACAACACAAGACUUCUGGUUGCUUUAAAACAGAGAAUAACAACACCUUAAUCAAUCAGAUGGAUAAAUUUGGCACAUUGUUUGCUUGCCAUGACUUGGACCAAGAGCAGGGCAAGCUGGCCAGUUACUGCUUCUAGUCAUAAUCAACUAUAUUUGGACUUGGCCAUCAAAGUUUUGCUUUCUAUAAAGACUUACUGCUGUGGUUUCUUCAGGUAGAUACUGAGCCUAAUGUUUUUCUGGGUUUCUCUCAGCACUCCCUGUUUUGGCCCAGGGGAGGGAGGGCGAGGCUGCUAAAGUAAUGCUGCAUGGCAGUCACUUGGUUUUGGUUAGUGAUCAUUACUGAAUGACUAGCCUUUUGUAGAAUUUCAGGUGCCACAGUAGAAUUAUUAAAAAUCUUGGUUACAUCUCUUGGGCCAAAUUUAGAGUGAUUAUUCUAAUGUUCAAGAAGCAAGAUCUAUCUGGUAGCAUAUUCCAGACUGCUUCGGGAAUUAUGUCAUAUGACUGCGUGUUUCCCAGGCUUGCUUGGGGCAUUACUGGAGUUAGUUCAUUGUAGGCAUUUGCCUGUCAGACAGCUUUAAGAUGUCUUUCUUAUUCUGUGCUCCAUUUCUCUUUCUCUGUUUAACACUUGCUGUGCUUGUGGAGGUACUGUGAUAGUGAGUAAUACAUCCAAGCAUCUCAAAAACAACUAAUGUUUCAUCUCUUGCUCUAAGCACAACUGGCUCUUAUGGCAGAAAAAAAGACUCUGUAACCUACAACUGAUGCAAAAUGCAGCACUUCAAAAUGAACACAUUGGAAGAAAACGAUGCUGAUAGAUAAAGAAGUCCUGCUAUUUUUCUAAUUUUAUUGUUGCCUGUUGAGACAUUUCAGAGGUGAAGACAUGCAGCUUUUCUGACAUCUUCCUUUUUUUUUUAGCCCAAAUAUCAUCUAUGGUGAGCAUCUCAUUUUCGUUACCAUCUCUGUGUUCUGAAAGAUCAGUAGCACCUGAUUAAAAGCCUGCUGAUACUUAUAGAAGUCUCUCAUUAAUAAGGUUGAGGUUAUGAUGAUGAGUAAGAAUUAUAUGGGCGCCUAGAAAACUAAACACAAAUGAAUGUGGAACAAGAUUUUAGACAACACAGAAAGCAGCACAUUCUUCUUAUGGCUUAGCUAGUAUCCAUGUACUUAAAAUUAUUAGGAGCAUUGAAAUAUUUGAUUCAAAUUAACCACCUUAAAGUUUUUGGGUUACUUCUAUUUUCUGUUGUGCUUUACUUAAAAAAAAAUUCUCUGCUUCUGUAUCCCAACAUGUUUUUGGACCUAAAUAUCUAGAUAAAACCGUCUUAUUCAAGAGAAAAAUGCAGGUUGCUCCCUGCGUAUCUCUGCCAUCCUCACAUAGGACUAAUUCGUGUACAUCUAGAUAGGGUACAGUUCCAUGACAACAUAUCUCUUGAACCGACUGUUGGCAGGAAGAAUGGGUCUGAUGUGUUAUUUCUCAUUCAUAUAUGUUCUUUGUUGAAGCAUUAUUUCAUAGGCACACCAACAUUAUGCCAUACAGCUGACCAGAGUUCUGAACCCACCCAUUAAAACAUAUAAAGUUCCUAUUGCUAAGGGAGGUAAUGCUUUUCAUGUGGAACUUGCAUGUAAACAGGUAAACUGGAAGAGGUAUUACAUCUGGAUCUUAACCCUGCAGAUCAUCCCUCAGCCAGCAAUUUGCCCUGUAAAGCGAUAAGGAAUGACAGCUUAGAGCUUGUUAAUUAUUAAAAUACAAGCUGAGCUGUGAGAGAGGUUUGCUUAUUAGUUUGGUCCUGAAGUGAAAAUUUUUGUUCUGUUAUAUAUUUAAUCAUUAUUUUGGUAUAAUGUACAAGGCUUAAAAUGAUCUAUGUGCCAGACUGAUUAAAAUCUAGGUGUUGGGUAAGCAGGGCUGUGUGGGGGUGGAGGGUAAAUCCUUGUUAAAAUUAAAAGUGGCUCAUAAAAAACAA